CACGUCACUUGCCAGCAAGUGAACUCAUGCACUGCAGCCUGCUUCAUAAAGCACACGGUCAACGUCUCCUAUCACCUAACCACCUGUUCCUUCCUGACAGAUUCAGGUUUCCUGCACUUAAAUGUUAAGCAUUCAGUUCCUAUCACAGUGAUCGCAACUACUUCAUCAGAAUGGUGUUACAUAUAAUUACUACUCACAAGACUUGCUGUCAUAUCACACUACACCAAAGCAAGAAAAAUGGACAGGAAAGCCAGAUGCUCAAGUUCUACAUGGUGUGAAACACGAGGCUAAAAUUCUAACAUGAACAAAACUAAGUGUUUUUUGACUGCACUACCUGUUUUCAUACUUGCAUACAUCAUAAUUUCUUAUAGUGAGAUUUUUACCGAACAAGAAGAAUAUCCAAAGAAUAAUUGCACCAAGCAAUGUCCUGCAAUUUUAAGCGGUGAAGCAUCAGCAUUUCAAUUUGGAGAACAGUGUGAAAAGCAGGGGUUAAAAAUAUUCCACAUUCAGAUCCCAAUUAAUUGUUCGAGAAUCGAACUAGAACGUAACUUCAUAACAAGUUCAUUGUCAGAAGAAGAAGCUAGCUAUCCUCUGGCUUAUAUUAUCACUAUCCACAAGGAAUUUGAAAUGUUUGUAAAACUAAUCCGAGCAAUUUAUAGACCAGAGAAUGUGUAUUGCAUCCAUGUUGAUCAAAAGUCACCAGAAGAUUACCAAAGAAAGGUAAAGAGCUUGACUGGCUGCUUUCAAAACAUUUUCCUGGCUUCAAAAAUGGAAUAUGUUGUUUAUGGUGGAUUCUCACGCCUACAGGCAGAUAUAAAUUGCAUGAAAGAUCUCGUCAACUCAACAGUAGCAUGGAAGGCAGUUAUCAAUCUCUGUGGACAAGACUUUCCAAUAAAAACUAAUAGGGAAAUCAUCCAGUACAUAAAAAACAAGUGGAACGGCAAGAACAUCACACCCGGAAUACAACAACCAUGGUAUCUGAAAUACAGGACAGAGUACAGGUACAAAGAGGAGAUGAAAGAUGGUGAAGCCCAAAUUUACCAACUUAAUCAGAAAAAAACUGCACCACCUUUGGGGCUCACUAUUUAUUUUGGAACCGCAUAUUACGUACUUACGAGACAAUUUGUGAAGUUUGUAUUGGAAGAUGAACGUGCAAUCGCUCUGCUCGAGUGGUCCCGUGAUACAUACAGCCCUGAUGAACAUUACUGGGUGACACUGAAUCGCUUAAAGGAUGCACCUAAUAUGAUCCCAAAUGUUACAUGGGACGGUGAUAUUCGGGCAGUUGUAUGGGCACCUAUGGCUGGACCAACAUAUGAUGGCUGCAAUGGAUAUUACAGAAAUAACAUUUGUGUGUACGGCCUAAGAGAUCUAAAGUGGAUCAUUCAACAGCCAGCCAUGUUUGCCAAUAAGUUUGAACAUUCGACAAACCCUCUGACUGUGGCGUGUUUGGAGCAAUGGCACAGGGAACGUGUACUCAGUCAGACUUCAGAAACUAUACAGCCGCACUGGUACCUGAGGGAUUAAAGGGUACUUUGAUAUUGAAAUAGAGUAAAUUCCAAUAUUUGUGUAUUCAAUUGAUUAAAAUUUCCAAUGGC